UUUUACUAGUACAAUAUCCACCAAGGUACCAAGCGUCCCUACAUUCAAUCAAAAAACAUUAUUUCUCAAUUUAUAAAAUAGCGAUACAAGCCGGCAUGUGUAUCCAAGACUAUCGACUAUACACUUGCGGGUGUAAGAAACUGGAAGAAUUCCGCCAGUGUGCCGAGCGCCAGGGGACCAACGUCAAAUGUAGCCCCGUGACCCAACAACGCCUUCAAGACUCAGUGCACAUGUGUAGCCGGCACAUGGUUAAACCAGGGAAAGACGAGAUGCAACGACAGAUCUGAAUAUUGGAGUACGAGAAGAGGCCAUACGAACUUGGAUAUAACUGCGGUGGAAACAAGUACAGUUUAGAAGGCGCUACAAUGGCUUCACAAGCGUUGGUCCAUCAAAGCCGCCUAAAGGGCAGGUUGUCACAGAAGUGUAGUAAAGUUAGCAGUCAGCAUUCAACGAGAUGUUAUACAUAGAGAUGUCGCAGCCUCUGUGACUAAUCUACUAAAGGACAACGAAGUGUUUCCUUUAGAAAACUUGUUAACUUCCCAU